AUGCCGAUGCAUAAAAUAAGGCGGCUGCUAUUUAAGGACAUGCACUGGCUCAAAAGUGCCGUUGCCACGUUGGGCAGAUGUGGGACAACUGUGUCACUCAGUAUCCUCUUCCUUGUGACCAAUGAGCUACAACCCACAUCAAUAAGGAGUUUCGGUGUUUCGGUUUGUUCAUCCCUGAGUGCCAUUGGAGGGAUUGCUGCACCGUUUGUGCUCUUCAAAUUGGCCAUCCUUUGGAGCGAGCUACCUCUGGUUAUUUUUGGUGCUCUAUCUCUGGUAGCUGGUGGUCUGAUGCAGCUGUUGCCUGAAACAAAGGGCACGAGACUACUGCAAACGGUCGACGAUGUGGAAAAUAUUAUGCGGCUUUAUGACCAAGAUGAAUACAAAGAGAUGAUCAACCUCAGCAUUUCCACCUAG